AUGAUUUAUGAUUUACAUAUCGAUAUGCCGGAGGACAAUCAUUCAAUGGCCGAAACUCGACGCUUCCAGUGCUCGAAAUGCGAGAAGAGCUACAAAAAAAUCGGCGAUUUGAAUGCUCAUGAUGCGACGAAACAUUGUGGAGUCAAAGUUUGUUGUUCGGUGAGUCUCUGGAUAUAUACAAUAGAUUGAGAAUACGUUCAUUUUCAGUUCUGCACCGGCUCAUUCGUGACGGACGCCAACUUGAAGCGUCAUAUAAAGCAGUAUCAUUCUGGAAAGCUACGAUAUCAAUGCAAAGACUGCAAUGAGCUGUUUGGGACCAAGAGUGAGCAGGAUGUUCACUUCGGUCAGUGUGAAGCAAGACCGCUUCGCUGUAAGGUUAGUUUUUAGGCAAAUCCAGCCGGAACAUUCUUUAUUUCAGCAGUGCCCUUUCAAGUGCAAAAGUUCAUCCGGCCUCUGGAACCACGUGUUCAAAAUCCAUCGGAAAGAGGACCAGAAGAAAUGCAAAGUAUGUAAACGACUUUUCUCGACUAGCAAACGGCUUGAGGUGAGUUGAAGACAAAGUACAAGAGAUUAUAAUAUUCCGAUUGUCAGCAUCAUGCGCAAACGUUUCAUCCGAUGCUGACGCAUGCUCCGCCGGCAGCUCCGAGCUCUUUCCACUUUCCAAUGAUCUUGGAGGCGCCUGAAAAUCAUGGAUAUAACUGGAAUUACAGUCAAGUUGGAAAUGAAGAGGUACGCGAUGCGGUCGGAAGAUUCUGGAAAGGCAUAAAUUGCAGGCAACGAAUCUGUUCGACGAGUUCUUUGAACAACCAAAUCAGAAUGGAGACGUAGCCCAGUCGCCGACGAUUUUUGAAGGAAAUUUGGAACAGGAAUUCGUGUACUCUUGGGAAUCUGUGUAG